UGGUUUUUCAGGGUGUCGUUAGAUUUGGAGAGAAAAUGGAGAAAAUGAGCAGCGAUCUAACUUUUGCGGAGCCGGGAGUUCGACUUUCUAUUAAUUUGAGGGAAAGAUGCCGAAUGCAUGACUUAAACGAGGCACUUGACGAUCUGCGAGCUGUAAUUCCAUAUGCUCACGGGGGCUCUGUGAGGAAAUUGAGCAAGAUUGCCACGUUGCUUUUGGCCAAGAACCAUAUAAUUAUGCAGGCAAAAGCAAUCGAAGAGCUAAGUGUUCUGGUGUCCCAGUUGAAAACCAGGAAAUCUUCUGGAAAUUCGGAAAAUUUGGAGAAAACCGUGUCAACACCAUCCGAAGGAGAUUAGCGCUGGUGAUAGAUUCCUGGAUGUUCAACAAAUUGAUGUUGCAAAAAAAUUACACAUUUUUACCGUUUCAGAUAUAUUUUAUGCCUAUAAUAAAGCAACUGUGAGAAUUAAUAA